AUGGAAAGCGCUGCAACAUUACGAGCUGGAAACCUCUUCAGCGUAACAGGACUCAUCGCAGUCGUGACAGGUGGCGGUACAGGCCUAGGUCUUCUUAUGACCAAAGCACUGGUUGCCAAUGGGGCCACUGUUUAUAUAUUGGGAAGGCGCGGCGAUGUUCUGAGGCAGGCCGCUCAGAGUACAAGCGUUGAGGCUGUGAAGCCGGUUAUUUGCGAUGUCACAUCCAAGGCAAGCCUCACAUCCGCCGCAAAUGUGAUCUCAGCGGAUAGAGGAUACAUCAAUCUGCUCAUCUGCAACGCCGGUAUCAGUGGUCCGCAGACGCAUCGAUCAUCUUCUAAGGACCAGAUAUCGGUCGAAGAUUUCUCAUGUGUCAACAUGGACGUGCCAAUUGAAGAUUAUACUCGAACCUUCGAGGCGAAUGUUGUUGCGACCUGGUACACUACCAUGGCCUUCCUGAAACUCCUAGACGCCGGCAACAGAAAGGGAAACGUGAGGCAGAAGUCUCAGGUAGUGGCCAUCACGUCCAUCGCCGCUUUCAACAAGGUAAACACGGCCGGGUUCGCUUACAGUCAGUCCAAGGCGGCAUGUACGCAUCUGAUGAAGAAUCUAGCUGUCGCACUGCCAAGGUGGGAGAUACGAGCAAACAUGAUAUGCCCAGGACGUCAGUACAUCGAACUUUCCUCCUCCUUCAACAUUGUAGCUCACUUUGAAUCUCCAAGUAUACCCGAGCGAGAUGUCCGGCCCCAUCAUAGACCGAGGAGGGGUUGGAAGGGACAUGGUUCCACUUGA